GAAAUUCAUAACCUCUAAAACCGCCUGAAUUCUCACACACAAUAUUUUAAAAAAUUAACAAUUUUUCGGUGUAAAAAUUAUAUUUUGAGUUUAAGUAGGAAAUAUUAUUUUAAUUGUGAAGUAAUGGGUAAACGUAAAAGUGAAAUUGAAGGCAAUACACCUAAAAAAAUUAAACCUCAUUGGGCAAUGGGGCUUAUGGACGCGAUGAAGGAUCCAAAAAAUAUAGUUAAAUCCGAUGAUUUAGUUACAGUAAUAAAAGACGCCUAUCCCAAAGCAGAAUUUCACUAUUUAGUCAUUCCUAAAGAGGAUAUUAGCAAUUUAAAAGCUUUGAAUAAGGAUCACGUUGAACUAUUGAAACAUAUCGAAAACAUUGCUCAAGAGGUAGCAAGCUUGGAAGAACAUAAGAACAAAAUUUUCAAAUUCGGUUAUCAUGCAGAACCUAGUAUGGCCCACCUGCAUUUGCACGUUAUAAGUGAUGAUAUGAAUUCCUCUUGUGUAAAAACGAAAAAACAUUGGAAUUCUUUUAAUACGCCAUUCUUCCUCAACCCCCAAGAUGUUAGAGAAAGUUUGGAAACAGAUGGUAAAGUUUCGUUGCCCACUCCACAGCAGUGCAAAGAUUAUAUUAACACACCACUUCAUUGUCAUAAAUGCAAGUACGAACCUAAACAUAUGCCCGAUUUAAAGAAGCACAUUUUAACACAUUUGUAAUAAGC